AUGUCGAAGAAAACUGAAUCCACUGCGUCUCUCAUCCCCAAAGAUACGAAAGACCCGUCGUUGGCGUCGCCUCCGAAGUCUGAUGGUGCGAGCGCUCCCUGGAAGACGUCUUCCUCUACACCGACUUCGACCACUACCACGGUUCCGACCAGUCUCUCUGACUUCGCUCAGAAAUCCAAAGACAACGGGUGGAAUGCUCCUACGCCCACUAAACCAAGCCUUGGUUGA